AUGCCAGCUGCAACAACCAAGAAAUCUGCCUCCAAGCCCGCCUCUAAGACCGUGGCCGUGGCCAGCAAAUCGCAUGCCGCUGCCCAUCCAUCAUGGGUAGAUAUGAUCAAGGAAUGCAUUGCUGCGCACCCAGAGGACGCCCGAGGCGGUGUCUCGAGGCCUACGAUUAAGAAGUUCGUGGAGUCAAAGUACAAGAUUGAUCUCAACGCUGCUGCUGCCAGCCAGCUCAACCGUGCUAUCACCACUGGCAGCGAGAAAGGGACAUUCGUGCUGCCCAAGGGUCCCUCCGGGAAAGUCAAAUUACCUCCCAAGAUCCGCUCGGAUGCUGCUAAAGAGAACGCCAAACCGGUCGUUAAGAAGCCUGCUCCCACCAAGGCCAAACCCCUUCCUGUGAAAGCUGCCCCUGUCAAGAGGGCAUCUCCUAAAACGGCGCGCGUCAAGGCCACAUCCAAGAAGACCCGCAGCUCGCCGGCUAAGAAGGUUGCAGUGACCAAGAAGCCGUUGGUCAAGAAAUCCACCGCAGUUACUAAGAAACUUGCAGUGACGAAGAAGACUGUCCCAGCGCCUUCCAAGAGGAUUGCGACCAGUAAGAAGGUGGCAGCAGCCAAGAAGACGGCGGCACCCACGAAGAAGAUCAGCUCCGCGAAGAAGGCCUCUGCGAAGCAGUCUGUGACGGGGACCAAGAAACCAGCAUCGCCCAAGGCGAAGGCCAAACCUGCCUCGAAGAGCAUGAGCGCGAAAGCGACGUCGGCAGCAAGGGCUAAACCCGCCUCCAAGACGGGUUCCCCAAGAAAGUCUGUGUCGUCGAGGAAGCCUGCAUCCAGGACGAAGAAGGAGUGA